AAAAGAAAGGAGAAAAUAGCAACAAUAGCGUUUUUGUUGCGAAAGAAAGAAUAAUAACAGCGAUGGUGUUCUCUUCUAACCCUUUGGCGCUAAGCGUACCCGAACCCGCCUUCGAAUCAUGGCUUCGCGACACCGGCUAUCUCGAAAUCAUCGACCAACGUACCUCCGACGCCGCCGAUGCCACCGCCGCAACAACCACCAUCAACUCCUCUCCAUUAGUACCCGCCACUUCUUUCUCUUCUAAACUCCUCACCCUCUUAUCCUUCAUCACUCUCAAUCCCUUCACCAAACUCACCGCCGAUGAUUUCUCCUCCGAUACUCCUUCUUGGUCACGCUCCUUCAUCGGUUCCUAUUCUUCUUACUCUUUCCCUUCUUCGCCUUCUCAAGCUCGCUUCCGUGUUCAUGAAAAUGUUAAACGCUAUGCUCGUAAUUAUGCUUAUCUCUUCAUCGUUUUCUUCGCUUCUGCACUGUAUAAGAUGCCACUUGCUCUUGUUGGAUUAAUAUCAUGUUUGGCAUUGUGGGAUUUCUUCAAGUUCUGUAGUGAUAGAUGGGGAUUGGAUCAGUAUCCUGUGGUUCGACAGUGUUUGCUUCGCAUUGCCCAAUUAGCAACAGCAGUUAUUCUAAUAUAUUCCCAUGUUCAAAUGGCUCUCUUUUGUGCCAUGAGUGUCAGCUAUGCAGGAGUGAUACUGCAUGCUGCAUUUCGGAAGUUGACCCCUGCAAAGCAAUCUUCUCAGGUCAGAGGUGGAUAGUUAGUUGAUCGAAGAGGAGUGACAUUCUUGCCAUUAUCCAGCAUAUCAUUAUUCAGUGAUUAACGAGGCUUUGGAAUGGAAGAUAGUAGUUCUUAGUUCUUACAAUGUAGAAGUGGACAUAACUUUGGUACAGAAGAUUAUGCAAUGUAGAAUUCAGAGAACAGGUAUAGGCUUAGGUUUUGAAUAAAACCUCCCUUCCAUUGCAAGAGCAGGGCUAUGUGGUCUUUCUGUUGGCGCUGUUAGUCUCUAGUUUGGUGCUUUUCUUUGAUUAUAGUUACAUGUUUAAAGAAAUGGUUUCAAUAGUUAUACAUUUAAGUUAAUUUGAUGGCUCAAUUCACAUUUUAAAAAAUGAUAACACCAAUGAAUACUUUUGACUUUUGAGUGUGUCUUAUGUUAGUAACUUCCGAGACCAAGUUUACUAAUGAAACAGCCAAUAUUUUUGUAAUUUUGAUACAUUCAAUUAGCAAUUGAAGACAAGUUUACUAGUGA